CACUUCUAGUUCUCCAUAAGUUUGACUCAAGCAAUUAACCACCAAAGAUGUCCUCCAAUAAGUGCGGAAUCGUGAUCCUCGUCGCCUGCUGUCUGGUGGCUCUGGUGGCCUCCUAUCCUCAGCCAUAUCCUGAGGAGUUCCAGACCGAUCCCCAGAAUCUUCUCGAGGAUAUUCCCUUGGUGCGCCGUGCUCGAUCGCCGGAGGGCGGUUCCCUGAUCCUAACCGCCAGCAAGGACGACCAAGUGGGUCGGGAGGCCAGCCUGCAGUACAACCACAACCUCUACUCCAGUCGCGAUGGGCGUGGCAGCAUCGACGCCUACGCCCAGGCCAGCCGGAAUUUCGACUUCAAUCGCAACGACUACGGCGGCGGCAUUCGGGGCACCUGGCGUUUCUGAGCGGGAAUACAAGUAUUAAAUUGGUCACAAAAUGAUUCACGUGAAUAAAUAAAUGUGUUUACCAAAGCGCA